CUGUUGCUCUUUAACGGGUCUCGGACACUCGUUGCCUGCGCGCGCUCACGGACCAACUGGAACGUUACCGUAAGGGCUCACGCCUCUGCUUCAUGGUAAUCAGACACCGAACCGGAUUAAACACCGUUAAGAGUGAACGCGUCCCCGUUACCGUGGAUACGCUCGAGCUGAACUUUACUCCAACUUUUCAUACACCCAAAAGAAUGGCCGAGAAACGGCGUUCCGCAUGCACCAUGAGCUUGAAGGCGCACGCGUUCUCGGUGGAAGCGCUGAUCGGCGCGGAGAAGCGGAGAAAGCUCGAGGAGGAACAGGAGGAGGAAGAAGAGGAGGAAGAAGAAGAAGGACAAGGGGAAGAAGAAGGUGAGGACGAGGAGGAAGAGGACGGAAGCUGCUUCGAGGACUCGAACGGAGGCUCGAGCCCGCAGGCGCGCGCAGAGAGGACGAGCGGCGGAGACGGAGUUAAGUGCGAGUCGGUGGUGCAGAGUCCCCGCUCCGCCCACAGCGGCCCGAUGCACGCGGCUGCGGGACAGGAGGCGCGCGUGGAGCUGCAGGGCGCAGACCUGUGGAAGCGCUUUCACGAGAUCGGAACUGAGAUGAUAAUCACUAAAGCUGGCAGGAGAAUGUUUCCCGCAAUGCGGGUGAAAAUCACUGGUCUGGAUCCACAUCAGCAGUAUUACAUCGCCAUGGACAUCAUUCCUGUGGACAACAAACGAUAUAGGUACGUGUAUCACAGCUCCAAGUGGAUGGUGGCCGGUAACGCGGACUCUCCGGUUCCGCCGCGCGUCUACAUUCACCCGGACUCUCCAGCCUCCGGGGAGACGUGGAUGAGACAGGUCAUCAGCUUCGACAAACUCAAACUGACCAACAACGAGCUGGACGACCAGGGCCAUAUCAUUCUGCACUCCAUGCACAAGUACCAGCCCAGAGUCCACGUCAUACGCAAAGAGUGCGGCGAGGAGCUUUCACCAGUCAAGGCCGUUCCCACUGGAGACGGAGUCAAAGCCUUCUGCUUCCCUGAAACCGUCUUUACCACUGUCACAGCCUACCAGAACCAACAGAUCACCAGACUGAAAAUAGACAGAAAUCCAUUCGCAAAGGGAUUCCGAGACUCCGGCCGGAACAGGAUGGGGCUGGAGGCUCUAGUGGAGUCCUAUGCUUUCUGGAGGCCUUCACUAAGAACUCUAACGUUUGAAGACAUACCAGGAAUGACCAAACAAGGUGCAGCUGGUGCCCAUGGAGUGGUUGGGUCUUCCGCUCACACACACUUACUAUCUACAACAUCUUGCUCCUCCCCAGCAUUUCACCUAGCCUCAGGGGCGGGGCCUGUGUGUGAUUAUUCCACCUGCAGUCGAACAAGCCACCCUCUGCAUCGGUUUGCCACGCCCCUCACUGCAGACUCCUACAGCCGAUUGGCCAGCCCUGCUGCCGAUGCCUUUUCCUCCACCAGAAACCCCACCUACAUGAGCGGGACUGAUGGUGAGGCUUACUCCUGCACACAGACUGGCCUACCUCUCCAAAUCCCUGGUAUGCCUGGCCACGCCACUCAACUUCAAUAUUUCAUGCCAAGCCCUGCCCACAAUGCCUUUUCGACCAACCAGAGUGCACAGACCUCGUACAACAGUUUCCGUCUCCACAGUCCAUACGGUCUGUAUGGAUACAACUUCUCCACUUCGCCACGACUGGCUGCCAGUCCAGAGAAGAUGGCGGCAACACAAAGCUCAGUGCUUGGCUCCUCUCCUAGUGGUACGUUGACAGACAGGCAGGUUCUGUCCCCCGUGGACAGUCUGCACAUGCUCAGUGGUGCUCAGCAGUCUCUUUUUGACUCACGGACAUUAGGGCUAACAAGUUCUGCCUCUCAGGUUACGGCCCACAUGGCUUGACCCAUGCACACAACCUCCACGCCCACCAUGACUCAAGCACAAACCGGGGAACAGUAGUGUGUGGGGAUUGCUCUUGUUCGUAAAUCCAGACUGGACAAUUGAGAGAUGUUACUGAUGAAGAUAAAGAGCAAUGGAAUAUCUUAUACUGAAGCACUCACUCUGCAACCUUUUGGAGGAACCAGGAAAAGCCAAAGAGAUAAGAAAGCCAAAAGAUGAGGAGCCAAAGAGACAGUCUGCAAUGCUAGGGUAUUACAGGCUAACGUCAACUGGAGGUCAUAGUAAGAGAGACUUUGGUUGGUUUAUUGUGACCAGAAAUUUGUGCAGAAGUAAGAUGUUACCCGAUGGAGCCAGGGUAGCCUCAAAUGAGACAGACUGUCAUUUCAGUAACAUUUAUGCUAUCAAAUAAGACUAAACUGAACACUAGCAAAGCAAGAAUGGACACACAGUCUGCCACUAAAUCUCUCACUCCCAAAACCUGAUGCCAAAAUGCAACUUCACUAUACUUCACUAUAAGAGAUCGCGAACAGUGGAUAUUUAUUAUAUAUUAUGUUUCUGGGCAAGGCUCCUGCUAGGCCUGCCCUAGAAUCAGGAUUAGCUUCCUAGAAACUGAGCAGCUGACAGUUUGGGAGUCCAGCACAGGAAAGGUGGCCAAUGUCACAGCACAAGUGAAUCUAUAGGGAGUAGCUCUGCAACUCAGGAGCCAAAUAAAAUGUGUAAUUACACUGGGGCCGAUUCAGGCCUCAGCUCCAAGUGCAAUUGGUAUGUCUUGGUAUUAGCAAAGCUUGCAAGCAGGAAAUCAGCCGCAGACUGUAUUGGUUUAGAGCCGGAUGGCCAGAUUUAGCAACUCCGGUGUUUAUGACCUGAAUGAUAUUCAGUCAGCAAACUAGCGUACCAUUUAUGAUCGUAUUUUAUGGGUUUUAAGUUGAAAUUGUAAGGUUAAAGUAAAUGCAGGGUAAAAACGAAACAUAGGAAUGUAUUUACAAAGUCAGAGGUUUUAUUUUUUUCCCCCUGAAUCUGCUUGGCUUUCUGACAUGGUAUCUUUGACCACCAUAGGCAGGUGGAAAUUCAAUCGCAGAUCAUCACUUUUCUGCUGGACUGAUUUACAAAUGCAGGUCCUGGCAUCGUCAAGCAUGCAUACAGCUACAAAUGCAGGCUUUGGCAACCUCCAUCAGGCUCCUUGGCUGAUCCUGGGUCAGCUUUUAUUGCCACUUCCACUGAACUGGAGUGGCACGGUCAGGCUUCAAUGAUUAAAAGACAGUCAUUUAUUUCCCAAGCAGACAUACUGUAUAGCUUUGAUAUGUCUGUGUUUAUUUUUUUUUAAACGACUCUAUAUAAAUUAGGCAAAGAUGAUAUUAAUGUUAUUGUUGGAGGAUUUCACUCAUGCACUUACGGCAAAUACUUACUUGUGUUUUUUUUAAUGCUCUUUGAAAUCUUGGCCGGGGAAUGGCAAGAAAACGGUUGGAGCCAAAUAAAAUGUAUACAUAUUGUUAAAACCAACAAGACUGAGAGACUUUUCAGUAUUAAUCAAUGUAUGUAUGUUUUAGAGUGAGUCAUCUUUCAGUGUGCUUUCACUGACAGUCCAUGAGUGUGUAAAUGUGUGCACGUAUGUAGAGUGUGUGUAUGUUUGGCUGCUGUAAAUGUUUUGAAUGAAUGGAAAAUUAAAAAUAUCACCAUCUUUACUAAUUUA